AUGGAGUCUAUUUUUCUCAAACAUUUUGAAUACACUUUUGAGGAUCCGUCUUUAGUUGACAAUCGCUGUUUCGUCAAUGGGCAAUGGAUUUCCGCUGCUAGUAAAAACAGCUUUCCUGUACAUGAUCCCGUCGAUGAUGCAGUGGUAUGCCUCGUACCUGAUCUAUCCGUUGCAGAAGUCCGGGACGCCAUUAAGGCUGCUGAAGAUGCCUUCCAAAUCUUUCGCAAGGUUCCGCACCGUGACCGUCGCUUCAUGCUGCGUCGUUGGGGAGAUCUCAUCAAGGAGGCACAGAAUGAUCUAGCAGCACUAUGCACAAUUGAGCUUGGCAAGCCGUUUAGCGAAUCGCUUGGUACCGUGGCAUAUGCGAUAGAUUACCUUGAUUGGUUCGAGUCUGAAUGCGAACGCGUCUACGGCGAGACGAUUCCAGCCUACCGCAGGGGCACGCGCAUCAUGACCGUUAGAGAACCUCAAGGCGUUGUUGCCGCCAUUACCCCCUGGAACUCACCGGUGGCAAUGAUCACUCGAAAAGCUGGAGCCGCAAUUGCUGCUGGCAACGUCGUGGUUCUAAAACCUGCCCCAGAGACUCCGCUUUGUGCCAUUGCCAUGGCCAAGUUAUUCGAGCGCGCCGGGUUUCCCGCCGGCGUUCUCAGCGUAAUCACUUGUAGCCCAGAGUCGACGCCAACCAUCGGAGAGGAACUCUGCAACAACAAGCUAGUCAAGCACCUCAGUUUCACCGGCUCGACAGCAGUGGGCAAGAUUCUCAACACACAAUGCGCACGCCAUAUCAAGAAGACGAGCCUGGAAUUGGGUGGCAACGCACCGUUUAUCGUGUUUGAAGAUGCCAAUAUAGACAGCGCAGUGGAUGGCAUGAUUUUGUCCAAGUUCCGGUCGUCUGGACAGACAUGCGUUUGUGCAAAUCGCAUAUUUAUCCACGAGCUAAUAUAUGACGAGUUCGCCAACCGGCUCAAAACUCGAGUUGCCGAGACAAUUCACCCUUCAGCCUCCGUUUGGGAUUCAAAGUCGAAUUUCGGACCGCUGUAUGCCAGUAAAGGGGUGGAGAAGGUGCAACGGCAUGUGGACGAUGCAGUGAGUCGAGGAGCGAAAGUAAUUCUCGGAGGCAGAGCCGACCGCAGCUACGGACCAAACUUCUAUCCUCCAACUAUCAUCACUGGAUCAAAGUCGGACAUGUUGUUCUGUCAGGAAGAGACAUUUGGCCCAGUGGCAUGUCUGAUACCUUUCUCCACCCAGGAAGAAGUCAUUCGUAUGGCAAAUGAUACCGAUGUUGGUCUAGCAGGGUAUUUGUUCACAGAAAACAUCAACACAUUGUGGGAAGUUGCGGAAGCACUUCAGGUUGGCAUGGUAGGAUGUCGCGUUGGUCUGGUGAGUGCUUGUGAGCAGCCAUUCAGUGGUGUCAAGGAGAGCGGAUUAGGCAUUGAAGGUUCUAGCCAUGCGUUGAAAGAAUACACUAAUAUGAAGAGUAUUACUCUCGGUGGGUUAUGA